GCUAAAACUCCCUCCAUCUCUGCUAUUAGGGUCUCCAAUUUGGCGAGAUUUCCAUCACUUUGAAGGCAAACUAGGGAUCGGAAGAAACUUGUGCUUAAGUUUUUCAAGGGAACAAGGGCGAAGAAUCUCCACGAAUAUUUGGUUUGUGACUUCCAACACUUUUUGCAUCAUAAAUGGAUAAGAAGUAUACAAAGAAGACAAAGUGGCAUGAAGAAACCCAGGUGGAUCGGCUAAGUGAUUUACCGGAUAGUUUGAUUCAUCAUAUUCUUUCCUUCAUGGACGCUAAAUAUGCAGUUCAAACCUGUAUUUUGUCCAAGAGAUGGGUUAGCAUUUGUACUCAUCUUCAGGUUAUCAAACUUGAUUCUAAGUUCUUCAAGAGAUUGGUUAACUUCAGAAGUUUCAUGUCCCAAGUCUUGGACCAUUGUCAGACCUCUAACGUUCUUGCAGUUAGCAUUUGCAUGCGCAAAAGCACAUUGGAGCAAUCUCUCUUUGAUAAAAUUGUAAGCUUUGCGGUCUCUCACAGUGUCCAGGAGCUUGAUUUGUCUUUGCAUAGCUCAGAAGGUGUCUUGAAAAGUGCUUUCAGAGUUGUCCUAGACAGUGAAAACCACUGCUUUGAUUUGUUUUCAAGCUGCUUGGAUCUGCAGAAUCUUGUUUUGGAUGGUGUUUUUUUAAUCUUCUCAGACAUCUUCAAUAUAUCAGCUCCUGCCCUAGUCAACUUGACCAUGUCUAAAAUUUCUUUUUGCAUUAGAAAGGAUGCCAAGAAUCCGGAUUAUGCUUCCAUAGAAAAACGGAAGGUUGUGAUUACUGCCCCCAGAUUGGCCUCCUUCAGCUUUACAUGUCACAGGCCAUUGUUGUUGUCCAUGGAUAAUUCUCCUCUUCUUGAAAAUGUGAACCUUAACAUGAGACAUUCUGAAAUUCUGGAUCCUCGAGAGGAUUCUUGGUUUAGGUUUCUGAUUGAUAUGUUGCGACAGCUUGGCAAUGCAAGAUCAGUCACUUUAUCAUUAGACUUAGUUAAGUUUCUCUCGAAGCAUUCCAGGUUGCUUAAAGCUCAGCCUUCUCCCUUUAUUAAUUUGGAGUCCUUGAAAGUAGUGAGGGGAAAGCAGAAUUGCAAGGCUCUUCCUUCGGAAGUGAAAGAACUUCUUGCUUUGUGGCUCUCCAAUGGCAGAGGAACUUCUUGCAAAACUUCGAAAGGGAAAUAGAAAGCAAAAACAGCCUACCAAGGACAGGAGAACAGCAUGAUUUCACCCUGGACGGUCUUGUUUCUCCACUUCUUUUGUUUUUUGGAUAAUACUAAUGCCAAUUAGCUUCGUGGGGGUGGUUUUUGAAGUGAUAAAUGGUACUUUCUAUGCUUUCCUAUCCUUCAAGAAAGUUAGGACGUACUU